CUGAGAUCUGGUGGUGCGUGCUGCGGAGCUCUUUCCAGCCUGCUCCGUCCUGACUCACCGCUGUUCGCUCCUGCUGAGGAACAAGUCGGUCAGGAAGCCGCGCUUUAGCCAUGGCAUUUAAAGAUACCGGAAAGACGCCCGUGGAGCCUGAAGUGGCGAUUCACCGAAUUCGAAUCACGCUCACCAGCCGCAACGUGAAGUCGCUGGAGAAAGUUUGCGCGGACCUGAUAAGAGGCGCAAAGGAAAAGAAUCUGAAAGUGAAAGGACCAGUGCGCAUGCCUACCAAGACAUUGAGAAUCACUACCAGAAAAACACCUUGUGGCGAAGGUUCCAAGACAUGGGAUCGUUUCCAGAUGAGAAUCCACAAGCGACUCAUUGAUUUACAUAGUCCUUCUGAGAUUGUUAAGCAGAUUACUUCCAUCAGUAUUGAGCCCGGAGUGGAGGUUGAAGUCACCAUUGCAGAUGCCUAAGUCAGCUGUUGAAAUAAAUUGACUUAAUUGGUAAAAUC